UCCAUUAAAGGCCCAAUGAAAUCAAAGUGCCUCAAUCCAUGAUUGCUUCUCUGAGCUUUUUCCGAUUCUUCAUCAUUUUCAUUUUCUUCUCGGGGUUUUCCCUCCAGCCAAAUUGGGGAUUAGGAUUUUCUUUUCUAGUUCGAUUCCUUCAUUUGCUAGAUUUUUAAUGGUGGAAUGUGAGUGAAGACGUCGUCGUUAUGUUCAAGACCCAAUCCGACGCCAUUCGCAUUUGCUUCCGUCGAAUCGCGGGCUUCGAUUCACAAACCCUAAUGUCUGCAUAUCUUUUUUCGAUCAGCGAUCCCUUUUCAACACGAUCGCUUCACACUGGUUCGUUUCGUGACAAGCCCGACACAGAUUUUGUUCACCGAAUCAAUUCUCUCGAAGCUAACAACCUCAUCAGCGGUGGGGUCAAGGUUAAAGGCGGCAAAUUCAACGGGUUAACCCUAAGGGGUUGUGCUGAUUCUCACAGGAAAGCUGAUCAUAAGGCUCGAGUUUUGGCGCAGCAUCGGCAGAUUCUUCGUGGUGUGGAAUCUGGGCCGGCGGAGAUUCGCAGCGGCGGAGCCGACGUUGCGGAUUUUCGCCGCGGUGGAGCUUUGCCCGGGAAGUUUAGAAGGUUCCAUGAUAAUGAUAAGAUUGUUGUUGCCGUCGACAUCGAUGAGGUCCUUGGAAACUUUGUCUCGGCUCUUAACAGGUUCAUCGCGGAUCGGUACUCAGCAAAUCAUUCAGUCUCAGAGUACCACGUCUACGAGUUCUUCAAGAUAUGGAAGUGCUCUCGUGAUGAAGCCGAUAUACGUGUCCACGAAUUCUUUAAGACGUCAUACUUCAAGAAAGGGAUCCAUCCUCUCCCGGGUGCUCAGAAGACGCUUCACAAGUUAUCAAGAUUUUGUGACCUAUCAGUCGUGACGUCUCGGCAGAAUGCGAUUAAGGAGCACACGCUCGAGUGGAUCGAGAUGCAUUUCCCGGGACUCUUUCGAGAGAUUCAUUUCGGUAACCAUUUUGCUUUGCACGGAGAAUCGAGACCAAAGUCUGAAAUAUGCAGAUCAUUUGGGGCAGAAAUCCUGAUCGACGACAACCCUAGAUACGCGACGGAGUGCGCUAAUAUCGGGAUGAAGGUUCUGCUCUUCGACUACGAGAACUCGUAUCCUUGGUGCAAAGCAGAGUCUACCGACCAAAACCCGUUGGUGACAAAGGUUCGCAACUGGGAAGAAGUCGAGCAACAGCUGCUUUCGUUCGUCGUAUCGAAGCGUUAAACAACAUUUCUACGAAAAUUGGACGGAUCGUAUCAUCACAUACAUAUACAAAAGUUCGGAGGAUUUUCUCUGCAACAGGUUUUUUAAGGACAAGAACCAAAGAAACAAGCUUUGAUGGCAUUGAUGUGUGUAGUAAGAGGCAUUUAGUGUUGGGAAUUAGUUUGAAACAUUAUUCCUUUUGUGUAAUGUCUUCGAAGGAUAUUAUUUUAGGUUAAAGUUCUCAGCUCAGUGAUAAAAGCAGCCAUCUUCUUCUUGGCUUCCCUACUGUAAGAACACAACCCUUUUUUUUUAGAAUCAUUUUCAUUUUCACAACCAUUUCUAUUUA